AUGAAUAUAGUGUCAUACAACGUUAGAGGUUGCUGUAGUUCGUUGAAGAGACGGAGAAACUCUCAAACUCUGCAGAGAGGCAAUGCUGAUAUCUGUCUUAUUCAGGAAUCUAAAGUAAAGAAUAUGGAGAACGGUUUAGCUUGUAGUAUUUGGAAGAACUCAGAUGUGGAAUGGUCAGCCCUUAACUCUAAUGGCAGAUCUAGAGGAAUCAUUACUCUGUGGAAUAAAACGGAAGUUUCAGCCUUAUUUAGCUUCUGCGGUGCCGGUAUUUUUGGGCAUCCAAUUCCUGUGGAAGAAUCAAAACCUUAUUGUGGUUAA